AUGACUGGAAAAGUCGUUAUAGUGACUGGUGGAAGUGCUGGAAUAGGGUAUGAGAUUGCAAAAGGGUUGGCCAAGAGACGGGCACGCGUGAUCAUUGCAUCUAGGAAUGAAGAACGAGGCGUGAUGGUGGCUGCAUCACUGGCCAAGGAUACAGGGAAUGAUGACGUCAUAUUUAAACAAUUAGACCUUGCAUCGUUGAAGUCCAUUAGAAACUUCUGCCAAUAUAUAGUAAACACGGAGAAACAUCUUCACGUAUUGGUGAAUAACGCUGCUGGAGUCUGCUUGGGCAACCAGCAUACUGCCGACGGCAUAGUCAAAGAAAUGCAGGUUAACUAUUUUGGUACCUUCUUGCUUACAAUGCUUUUGCUGCCUAUGCUCAAGAAGUCCCAACCAAGUAGAAUAGUGAUGUUAAGCUCCAUAGCCGCCUAUUUAGGAGAUUUCGAUGCCGCCAAAAUAAAUAGACAAAAAUAUUAUUCAGAUUUCAAAACUUACGCAAAUAGUAAAUUUUGCGAAUUAUUAUUCUGUGUAGAAUUAACGAGGCGAAUGAAGGAUACGGGUGUGGUGGUGAAUGCUGUUCAUCCAGGGAAUAUAUAUACAAACAUUGCAAAUGAAUCACCUUUACUGAAUAGGGUUUUAUUCAGAGUUUUGUGUUGGUUGACUCCAAGAAGUGCCAUGGAAGGAGCGCAGACUCCCAUUUACUUGGCAGUGGCUAAAGAAAUGGAUAAUGUGUCUGGAAAGUUUUAUUCCGAUUGCAAGGAAAUGCCUCUGCCGCGAGGUGCGAAGGAUGUGAGAAAAGCUAAUGAAUUAUGGAAUUUAUCGAGGAAAUUGGUGGGUUAUAAGGAUGACGAAGAAACGAUAAGUUAA